AUGGGGGCCUCGGUCGGUCCUGUUCGCCGUCGCCGGACGCCCCCCGGAACACCGCCGGCAAAGGCCUUUGCAUGCACCGCUCUGCAGCCUAAGUCCCUCUGCGCUGCAUAUUAUUUCUUAUUUUGGCUUUAUUUCGCCUUAGGCCUCUGCGCCACUUCCACUUGUUCAUUCCGAGCCUCGGGGGGCCCCCCGGAGGCCCCCGCUAGCCCCGAGACGCCCCCAGUGCCAGUCUUCUCUCCCCUGGCCCACUCUCUGCACAAAAAUGCGAAAAAUAAGUGGCAGCGAAGAUGGGAAGUGCAGACAGAAAGGGGGGGGGCCCCCCAGGGGCCCCUGGUCCAGGGGCCCCGCGGUGUUCAGGGGCCGCUGGCUGCAGUUUCGCCGGGCCUAGUGAACCACUGGUCCACUGCAGGGGGGGGGGCCCCCCUUAGUUCCCCUUCAAUUGCGCCAGGGGCCCCUCCCGGAGGUCCAGCGCAGCUGCAGGCCCCCGCAGGCCCCCCCAGUCUCUCUGGCCCCAGCCUGCGCUGCUGCAGUUUGCUGCAGCCCCUCGGCCAGGGGCCCCCCACUCUCUGCUGCGCUGCUGCUGCAUGCAAAGGGCCAGAGGGGCCCCCGGCGAAGGGCUUGCAAGAGAGCUUCCGGCGGAGCUUGUGGGCCUUGCUGCGCAGAGCCCCCGCAUGCAAGGGCUGGCUGCGGGGGGGGACCAGUGGUCCAUCUGCAGGGGAGACCACUGCAGCAGCUCCCCUGCAGAAGGCUGGGGGGCCAUUAGCUGAGGGGGCCCCCCAGGGGGCACUGGGGGGCCCCCUGCCGAGCCAGACUGAGGCCCCAGCUGCUUCAGAAAGCAAACCCGGGGAGCCUCUGGGAGCUGCAGCAGCUGCUGCUGCAGCAGCUGCUGCUGCUGCUGCUGCUGCUGCAGUGGAGGCAGAGAGGAGCAGCAGCAAAGCUUCGCUUAAUGGGCAGCAAACAAGUGCUGCUGCAGCACUUUCUCAAACGCAUGCACAGCACUGCCACUCGCCAUCUUCAAAUGAAGAAAAUAAUUCACAAGUCCGCAAAGAAGGCCCCCAAGUCCCAGCUGAAGCUGCUGCUCCUGAAGAAGACUCAGACGCAGCUCCCUUGCCACCAGCAGCAGCAGCAGCAGCAGCAGCAGCAGCAGCAGCAGCUAGAGGGCCCCCUGAGCAGCAAGCGGGUGCAGGAGCUUUGCUGCCCGCUAAGAGUGAAGGGGCAAAUGGCCCGCAGGGGCUGCCGCCUGCAGCAGAGGAAAAGGGGGCUGGAGAUUUUGCUGCCUCUGGUGCGAAAGCCCCCGUGAGCGGCAGCAGCAGCAGCAGCAGCAGCAGCAGCAGCAGCGGCAGCAGCAGCGAAAGAGAGCGGCUGCUGCAGCUUCAAGGUGACGCUGCUGCUGCUGCAGCAGCCCUGAGGGCAAGCACGAAGCAGCCGAGGCGGGAACUCGCGGCCUCCGCCGCAGAGACGGAGCAAGCUGCUGCAGCGGGAGCUGCUGCUGCACUUGCUGCAGCGGGAACUGCUGCUGCAGCUGCUGCAGCGGGAACUGCUGCUGCAGCUGCUGCAGCUGCUGCUGCUGCUGCACGUCAAGAGGAGCGCCUGCCGGAUUUGCAGACAGCGGUCGCCGAUCAGUUGCUGCUGACUCUCAAGGGGCCCCCGGCGCAGCAGGCCGUCGCUGUGGGGGCCCUGCAGGCCCUUGUUGCUGCUGAGGGGCCCCUGCGGGCAGCAGCAAAAAAGGCCUUUGUAGUGUUGCUGGCGGGCAGCCCGCCUCCCCCGGACGAGUCCGAGGGCCCCCCAGAUAGCAGCAGCAGCAGCAGCAGCAGCAGCAGCGGCAGCAGCAGCAGCAGCAGCAGCAGCAGCGCAGUAGAGCGUCUGAUAGACAAGGGGCUUCUAGUGCAGCUUAGCCGCAUCCUUAGCAGCCCCAGCCCGAGGCCCUUCUGGCCGCGUUGGCUGCAGCGCGAGGCCGAGCCAAAGAGGACUCAGUUGCUGCUGCUGCUGCGGCUGCAGCUGAAUGUCUUGAAGCUUUUGACUCAGCUUUCCGUGUGGGGCCCGCUGCUGCAGCAGCAGCUAGCCAGCCACAAGGGCUUGCUGGCUGCGCUGCACAGAAUAAGGGCAGGGCCUUCAGGAGCUCCUGGGCGCUGGGGGGCCCCCGGCGAGCCAGGGGCCCCAACAGACUCUGGGGCCCCUGGGGGUCUUUCCGUGGCUGCAGGGGAUAGCAGCAGCAGCAGCAGCAGCAGCAGCAGACAGCGUGGGGCAGCAGCAGCAGAAAGCGGCUUUCAAGUGGCCCCAAGUGCUCCUCCAGGUCUGCCCAGUUCUGGCCUCUCUGCUGCUGCAGCAGAGGCCUCAAGCGCGGCCAACGGAGCGCUGGAGGCGGGAAGCAGAAGCGAUGUAGGAGUCCACCUUAAAGGGGGAGCUGUAGCUGCUGCUGCUGCUGCUGCUGCUGCUGCUGCAGAGCAGCUGCAUGCAGCAGAGCCAACUUAUACUGCGCGCUCCGCCCCUUUAGACCAACCCCAAAACUCACAUCUCCAUCAAGAAGGCUUGACACUCUCUUCAAAGCCCUCCGACUUGCAUGCAGGAGCAGCAGCAGCGUCAGCAGCAGCAGCUGCUGCUGGAGCUGCUGCUGGAGCUGCUGCUGCAGCACAGCGUGGGAGGGCGGCGGCGCCGCAGCUCGGCACAGAGGCCUCUGCAGCAAACCGCCCAAAAGUGCCAGCAGCACUUCAGGCCCGCAGCAGAGCAGCAGCAGCAGCUGCUGCUGCCCGGCUGGGUGCAGCAGACCCAACAGUUCAAGAAAGGGCGCUGAGCGAUGUGCAGCUGCUGAGGGCAGCAGCAGAAAAGCUGGCAGCGCAGCUGCUGCACCAUCUCGAAGGAGUGCGCAGCAACGCCCCCUUUGCAAAGGAACUGCUGCUGCAGCAGCGCAGCAAAGAGGAAAGAGCUGCUUCCGGGGGGGAAGGGAUGGGGGCUGUACAGACAGCGCCGCUGUCGGGGAGAGUUCGGUCAUUUCUGCUUUCCUUCAAAAGACGAACUCCUUCGGGAGAGUCGGGGGCGCCCAGGGGCUGCCACUUCAACUCAAAAGAACUCCAAAUUCCAAGCUGCUGCUCCCCCGCUGCUGCUGCUGCUGCUGACUUACCCAAAUGUGACAGCCACAGAGAAUCCGUGGACUGCAGCGGUGUCAGUGGCCCCUCUGCUACUGCGGGAAAAGCCACGGGGGUUUGCGGCGAUGCAGGGGCGGCGAGGGAGGCAGCAGGGGAAUUCAAAUUGAGGAAAAGCAAUUCAUCUGUGCAUGCAGAGCCAGCAAAGAGAUGGAACUGGCUGGAUGUCGUGCGGCUGUUGACUGCGCCUUUGGAGUGUACGUACACUGCAGCGUUUGGCAGCAGGAGCCUCAGGAAUAAGUGCGACACAAAAGAGACAGAGCAGGAAACAAACCGAGGCGUCUUUUGGGUGCCAAUUUGCCUGGCGGGCGGUAACGGGGGGGUCUUUGCAGCUGUUGCUGCUGUGCUUGGAGACGCAGUGGCAGCAGCAAUGAAGGAGAAGGUCACGGAGCGCCUAAGAGCCCUUUCUGCGCAGCAGCAGGCCGUGCAUGCGGAGAGGAGUGGCACUCAGCCGCAGCUCGAGCUGGAGCAGCAGCCGCAGCUGCAGCUUGAAUCGCAGCUGCUGCAGCUGCUGCAGGAUCUGCACAUAGGGUGGCCGGAGCCCGCGGGCGGCGCGGCGCCCAGGUGGGGCGUCUUGGGGAUGGCCACAGUUUCGGAGCCGCCAGGGGGUAAGAAGGGGGAGGGAAGCAGCAUUUUUGUUUCUGCUGCAGACGAAUUGGAUGAGACAAACAGCUCUAGCAGCAACUCUCUCUCAGUUGGAGUGACAGUACAAAACAAAAAGCUGCACUUCACACCCCUCUGCCUCUUGACGGGCUCCUCAGCCUUUCAGGCUGCAGUGCAGCCCGCCGCCGUGGGCGCGCUGCUGAAGGCAGCAACCCGCAGCAGCAGCGCGUUCCAGCUGGAGGCUCUUGAGACGCUGUUGUCGCUGCUUCGCAGCGACGAUUUGGGGGUACUUGAGAAGCUCUCGCGCGAGCUAAAGAGCAGCAGAGCAGCGGGUGGCACGCCAGGGGCCAGCGAGCUUGAUAAGGGGCUUGCAGCGGCUAUAUUGGCUCCCUACAGCAACAAAAGUAGCUGGUGGGGGGGGUUUGGGAGGGGUGUGGCGAGUGAGGCGACAGAUCUGCUAAUGCGGGAGAAAAAGCAAAUUGCGGCUUUGAAUUUGUUGUAUGAACUGUGCACGAGGGAUGAAAGCCUGCUCAAGGGGCUGCAGCAGUACAGAUCACUGCAUGCAGCGCUCAAACAAGUUAUUGACUUUUGUUCAACUAAGGCCCCCGCAGCUCGCGCCUGCAGAGCAGCUGCAGCAGCAGCGCGCCCCACCUCGAGCUGCGCAGGCGAGUCCGCACUGCGGGUAGCAGCAGAGGUGGAGCUGCUGCAGGUGGCGCAGCUGCUGCCUCCCGGCGAAAGGCACAAGAGGGUCUUGCUGAAACACGCGAGGCCCUUGCGUCUGGCCACUAUCCUCUCAGCUGCCUUGGGAUGGCAGCCGCGGUGGCAGCCGCGGGUGACGGGGCAGCGUGGGCUGCGGAUCCUGGCCUUAGACGGGGGGGGCACUAGGGGCGUUCUCACAGUUGCGCUGCUGAAGGAGAUCGCAGCAGCUGUGGGCCGAGAGUUGAGUGAUGUGUUCGACAUCAUCUGUGGCACCUCAACAGGAGGGGUGGUGGCGCUGCUUUUGGGGUUGGAAAAAGCCACAGCCAACGAACUUGAGGCUCUAUAUGACACUUUAAUUCAUGAAAUAUUUGUUAAAGACUCUGCAGCUGUGGCGGGUGCACGGCUUGUCGUGCGCCAGGCCUAUUACGACGAGACCCUGUGGGAGUCGCUGCUGCAGAGGGCGUUCGGCGAUACACGAAUGAUUGACUUUGCUGCGGACACAGCAGCCCCCAAGGUCUUUUGCUUGUCGACAAAAGUGUCCACAAGCCCUGCAAAGCUGGUGAUCUGGCGAAACUAUAACUAUCCCCACAGGACAAGGGGCUCAGCCUCUGCGGGCUUUCAUUCACCGCUCUUCAGCAACAGGGUGGGGGGGGGCGCUGUGUCGCGGGUGCUGCGGUGGCCGUCUUCGCUCGCCCUUGCCUCCAGCGAGGCUGCGGAGCCCAGUGGGGGAAAAUAUGAAGGGUCUUGUUGUGUGAGAGUGAAGGAUGCGCUGCGAGCAACGACUGCUGCGCCAGGGUUUUUCAGCGGCAAGAAGAUUGGGGGUGAGCUGCUGAUGGAUGGGGCGCUGCUAGCCAACAACCCAGCGGCUGUUGCGAUCGCUGAGGCGAAGGCUUUGUAUCCGGGGGUGCCUAUUGAGGUGGUAGUGAGCAUUGGCACGGGUCAGUGCGCCCCAGAGAGAUGCGACACACGCACAGGCUGGGAUGGUGUUUUCAACCAGCUUGUGAAUGCAGCAACAAACACAGAAGCAAUUCACGAACUGUUGCAAGAUCUGCUACCGCCUACUGCCUACUUCCGUUUCAAUCCCGUGAUCGACGCCAUGCCCAUCGACGAGACUUCAAAGGAAAGACUCGAAUCACUUAAAGUUGCAGCCAAACGAUUUGUUGAAGAAAAGCGGAACAAAGAAGACAUACAACGCCUGGCUGACAUCCUGCGCUCGGCCAACCUCAUUCAAAAGCAGAGCCAGUCCUUCUUGCGCAUUGUCUCUCGCCAAACGGCGGCUUGCAAAAAGUGGAUUCAAAACGCAGGAGCUCGUUUUAUAAGUCACACAAUAGGAGACGAAAGGGGCCCCAUCAGGGCCUCCGACUCUGCCCUUGUGCGUAUUGGAAAGUGUUUUCUGCAGCAGCCUCAAGCAAGCUGCAGCAGCAAGGACAACGGCGAUGUCUCGCUACAGUUGCCAGAGAAACCUGAUGAGGAUGCUGCUGCAGCAGCAGCUGCAACAGCGACAGCAGGCAACUGCAGCGCCGAGGUUGGAACGCCCGGUUCAGCAGCAGGAGCCCCUACCGAGGCUUUGGGGGCUACAGAGGAAGCUGAAGCGCUGCUGAGGUUGGAAGGAGGAAUGGGAGGGGCCGGAAGACGUCGCUCCUUCCUUGCUUGGCUAAUGAGCUCCCCAAGGACUAAAGCGAGACAAAAGUCAAAGGACAAUGCAUUUGACAUGCUCGAAUUGCUCGGGCGCCAGCACCUGUCGUCACGAACAGAUGAAGGGUUCGAAACCCUAGUGCCACUCACUGGAGUCCGCCAUGUGCUUCACGGGAUCUUCCGGCGAAUUCAAACGCAGUUGUGA